AAAGUUAAUUUUAUAAUCCGCGGUCUUAAACAUGGCUACGCGUUCUUUAUGGGGAGUUGCGGCCAAAUGUAUUGCGGCGAGCACUGCCGUCGCCGGCGGAUCUGCCGGCGCCACCAUUUUAACCUCCGACGAUCCUCCGGCGACGCUUAAACUUUGGACCAAUGUCCCUGUACGCCUCUUUCGCAACGCUUCUACCGCCGCUAGCAUCGUCUUCGAUUAUGAAUAUUCUCUGAUGGGAUUACCAGAUGGGAGCACGGAGUAUUCAAAAAUGAAACAUAAAGUUCAUCUUAGAAGUGCUCUUAAGCUCCAAGAUCUAUGCUUCAGAAAUGGAGGAAUAUAUAUUAAGCUUGGUCAACAUAUUGGUCAAUUGGAAUAUCUAGUGCCUGAAGAGUAUGUAAAAACAAUGAGGGAGUCUAUGCUGAAUAAAUGUCCGGUUUCAUCAUAUGAUCAAGUGUGUGACGUUAUAAAGAAGGAGCUUGGAGGGAUGCCAGAUGAAAUUUUUGCCAAAUUUGAUCCUGCUCCCAUAGCAAGCGCUUCCCUUGCACAAGUUCAUGUUGCACUGCUGCGUAAUGGCCAAAAAGUCGCUGUGAAGGUACAGCAUGCUCACAUGACUGAUACUGCGGCUGCAGAUUAUGCAACUGUGGAGCUGAUUGUAAACACUCUUCAUCGGUUGUUUCCCAAUUUUGAUUAUAGGUGGUUGGUCGCUGAAGUUCGAGAAAGCUUGCCUAAGGAACUAGACUUCUUGGUGGAGGCACAGAACAGUAAAAAAUGUUUGCAUAAUUUUCAAAAACUAUCACCACAUAUAUCAGACAGUAUAUAUGUUCCAUUGGUCUACUGGAACAUGAGUACCAAAAAAUUGCUAACUAUGGAGUAUAUAGAUGGUGUCCAAAUUGAUGAUGUGAAGGGCAUUUGGAAAAUGGGAAUUCUACCAUACGAUGUUUCUAGACUGAUUAGCGAGGCUUUUGCAGAGAUGAUUUACAAACAUGGAUUUGUGCACUGUGAUCCACAUGCAGCCAACUUGAUAGUUCGCCCAUCGCCUUCAGGCAAAAGAAAUAUAUUAGGCAAGAGAAAACCACAGUUGGUACUUUUGGACCAUGGUCUAUAUAAAGAACUUGACUUUGAUACCAGAGUAAACUAUGCUGCAUUGUGGAAGGGGUUGGUGUUUUCUGAUGAAAAGGCUAUAAGAGAAAAUAGUGCAAAGCUAGGUGCUGGGGAUGACCUCUAUGCACUAUUUGCCGGUAUUCUGACAAUGAGGCCUUGGAAUAGGGUCAUUGAUACCUCAGUUGAUCAUUUGAUGAUACAGGGGACAGAGAAUGAUCGAUCAGAACUCCAGAUGUAUGCAUCCCAGUACUUCCCUCAGAUCUCAGAACUUUUGAGGAGGCUGCCUCGUGUGAUUUUGUUGAUGCUGAAGACCAAUGAUUGCUUGCGAUCAGUCAACAAUGUUUUGCUGCAAGGAUCCUCUUUGGAUACAUUCUUGAUCAUUGGUCGGGUUUCUUCCGAAGCAGUCAUUCAGGCAAAGUUGAUGAAAAAGAAAUCUCUGAUAACAAGGCUAAUUGUCUGGCUGGAAGGGAUUAUUUUAAGAGCUCGACUUCUGGGAAUGCACUUUGGUAUAUGGUUGUUGCACUUUCAGAAAAUUUUGCUAUAUAGAAAAUCUUUGGGCUGCUGAAUGCUAGUUUCCACAGCUAAAAUUGCAGGCUGCAGGCAUUCACUUUUUGUUUCAGUUACACAAGCAUGUUAUUUUGGCCUAAGCCAACUGAUUACAAUUACAACCAUUAUUUAGAAUUACAGUGAAUAUAAUUGAAUUGAAUACAUCAUUCAUUAUUUAAUUAAUUCAAUAUUGAACAAACCCCAAUAGGUCGAAAGAGGGGUCCUUACAUUGUAAUUGACAAAUGACAAGCAUAGAUUAUAAAUAAUGCAUUGCUGCUGCGCAGCAGUAUUGAACCA